AUGUCUAAGGAAGAUUAUAAACCCGUAACGGUAGAGAAGCUUAUAGAAAACACAUAUGACUUAGGGAAUCUAGCCACAUUUGAUCCCAAUCCUUUAUCAAAUGAGAAACUAACAUCAAAGAAUGAAUCAGAAAAAGAACAAUAUAUUUCAUCUAUAACCAGAGACAAUGUACAAUUAUUAAUAAAUCAGAUAUUAUCACUUCCCGUAAAAACCACAACCGAUAACCAAGGAUCAUCUACUGGUCAAACAUCAUCAAUGACAUUAAUUCAAUUACCUGAACCAACUACUCCUCUUCCAAGAGAAAAAGGAAUACCUAAAGAUAAACCAAAAACUAAAUGGGAAGAAUUUGCGGCAAGAAAAGGUAUAAAAGCUAAAACUAAAAAUGAAAAAUUAGAAUAUGAUGAAGAAAAAGGUGAAUGGGUUAAUAAAUGGGGUUAUAAAGGUAAUAAUAAAAAAUUAGAUGAUCAAUGGUUAGUUGAAGUUAAUGAUGAAGAUAAUAGUAAAAAAAGGAAAAGAAAUGAAGGAGAUGAGUUAAUAGAUCCAAGAACUUUGGCUAGGUCUGAAAGAAAGAAAUUGAUAAAGAAGAAUGAACUUCAACAUAAACGUAAUUUGAAGAAUGGAUCGAAAUAA